UGUCUGCGCUGUGCUGCCGUAAAGUGAGGCGGUGUGUUGCUGUGUUUGAACGUCAGGAGCGAGCGGGAGUGUUGAGGACAGGUCGGCAGAGAGAGAGAGAGAGAGAGCAGGUAAAGGUGUCGUCAUGGCAACAGAUCUUGUUGCUCAGUUGACUGAGUCUCUGGCUAGAAGUGGCGUGGAGGAGGAUGGCGAGCUGAGCUAUAAAGGCCAGGGGAGGAAGCUGGACGAUGCUAAAUCAGUGGAGGAGAUGGUGAAGGAGAUCGAGGCGUUUGAGGGUCUGCAGGCUCUGAGGUUAGAGGGGAACACGGUGGGCGUGGAGGCAGCUCGUGCCAUCGCCAAAGCUCUGGAGACCAAGAACCAGUUCAAGUGCUGUCAUUGGAGUGACAUGUUCACAGGUCGUCUGCGCUCUGAGAUUCCUCCUGCUCUGAACUCGUUGGGGGACGCUCUUAUUCUGGCGGGGGCUCGGCUGACCGUAUUAGACCUCAGUGAUAACGCCUUCGGUCCGGACGGAGUGAAAGGCAUCGAGAAGCUCCUGAAGAGCUCGGCCUGCUUCACCCUGCAGGAGCUUCGCCUCAACAACUGUGGGAUGGGCAUCGGAGGGGGGAAGAUUUUGGCUGCUGCUCUGAGCCAGUGUCAUGAGAAAUCCAGUGCAGACGGCGCCCCCCUCAGUCUGAAGGUGUUUGUUGCAGGAAGGAACCGCCUGGAGAACGACGGAGCCAAGGCGCUCGCACAAGCCUUCCAGGUGAUGGGGAGUCUGGAGGAGGUGCACAUGCCUCAGAACGGCAUCAAUCAUCCAGGUGUGACGGCGCUGGCCUCAGCCAUGAAGCACAACAGCAACCUCCGCAUCCUCAACCUGAACGACAACACAUUCACGGAGAAGGGGGCUAUCGCCAUGGCUCAGGCCCUGAAACACCUGCGCAGCAUCCAGGUGAUAAACUUUGGAGACUGUCUGGUGCGUCCAGCAGGAGCUUUAGCAAUCGCAGAGACUGUUUCAGAGGGGCUGCCCAUCCUCAAGGAGCUCAAUCUGGCGUUUGGCGAGAUCACAGAGGAAGCUGCUCUGGCUGUCGCUCGCUCAGUUAAAGACAAAGACCAGCUGGAGAAACUCGACCUGAACGGUAACUGUCUCGGGGAGGACGGCUGCAGAGCGGUGAAAGAGUCGAUGGAGAGCGUGAACAUGGGAGCGCUGCUGGGAUCGCUCAGUGACGACGAGGGCGAACCGGAGGACGAUGAAGACGAGGACGAAGACGAGGAGGAGGACGAAGAGGACGUGGACGAGGAGGAAGUCGAGGAGGAAGAGGAGGAGGAAGACGAGGGCAUCAAGCUGUCGACUCCUCCAUCAGCUCCUCGACCUCCAGACGUCUCCUCCUUCCUCAGCUUCCCGUCUCCAGACAAACUGAUCAACCUGGGAGCAAAGAGAGCGGCGCUCAUCGAGCAGCAGGUCGAUGUUUCAGACUCUUCAAAAACAGCCGAAGCGUUCCUGAAGAUUGCGUCUGUUUACAAAGACGAGAACACGGAGGUGAAGAACGCUGUGCUGGAGAGUAUCGACGCUCUUCUGAUCAAAGCCUUCUCGUCGUCGUCCUUCCAGGGUUACAGCUUUGUGUCGUGUGUGUUGGUGCUGCUGGGACUCAUUAAGAGCGAGGAGAAAGUGAAGCCCAUGCGAGUGGCGCCGGGUCACCUGUUGGCCCUGGAGCACGUCGUUCAGCAGGAGUACUUCCCCCGGGAGAACGUGGCCGUGCUCGAGGCCUUCCUGUCCCGGUAAGGAGAGAGAGAGAGCCAAUCAGAAGAAACAACAAAGCCCUGGAGUCGUGUGUUAAUGCCAAAAACAGCCUUCAUACGACCCUGCAGAGAGUCAGAGCGGAGAGCUGAGAGCUGUACACACACACAGUGACUCACACACACAUUCUAUGUAUGGUCUGAUGAAAUGUAUUAAAGUCUUUUUAAAUUGUGUUACAGAAAUAAAGAUCUUUGUGUGUUUA